GCAGUGACCUUGUGUGCUUCUCCAGACCAGAAGCGUGAUGUGGCUCGGGAGUCUGUGAACAGCCGUCUGGCUCAAACCCUUACCUUGCUCACGUAUGGAUUUCUGUGUGUCUUGAGCCCUGCCUGCCGUGGACCAGAGAAGCAAGAAGAGGAGCAUCCUGGGCGUACUUACUCAAGAGUCUUACAAAAUGGCAGCCACACGUCUGUCUGCUGUGGUCGACCCUGCUGGUGCCCAUGAGAGGAUCACAGAGGUGAAAAACAUCUACUCUGCAUUACAGAACUCAGUAACCUUUGAGGAUGUGGCCAUGGACUUUACCCAGGAGGAAUGGGUGUUGUUGAAUUCACGUCAGAGAAAACUGUACAGAGAUGUGAUGCUGGAGAACUAUAGGAACCUGGCAUCUCUGGAAAAGCAGCUCAGCAAACCCACUCUGAUCACCCAGAUGGAACAAGAAGAUGAGAUGAAAAGAGAGACAGGAUAUCACCAAGAUAUAUGUUCAAAUUGGGCUUGGGCUUUGCCUGCUUUUGUCAGCAUAUUGACAAAAACUUACUUUCCCCCACUUUGUUCAGAUGGGAUGGUUCCCCUUAAAACCAAACAAUCACAACAUAAGCAAGAUAUUUUGGAGAAAGAAGCACUCAGUGGCAAGAAGGGGCAAACUCUUGGAGGAAGAUCCAUUGAACAGAAUAAAAUUGCCUUGAGCAUGAAAUCUAGCAUUACUCAGAAUCAGAGGAUUCAUCCUGGCGAGAAUCCCCAUCAACACCUUCAUCUUGGAAAAGCCCUCAGAGGUUGCUUACACCUUAACCCACAUGAGAACAUUCUUUCUGGGGAAAAAUCCAGUGACUGUAAAAAUGAUAAAAAUACCUCCAUCAGGAGUUCUUUCUUAGCUGUGCACAAGAGACCACAUACAAGAGAGAAAUCCUAUGAAUGUCCUGACUCGAGGAAAGUCUCAAGUUCAAUCUUAGAUCGUAAGCAUAAAAAAACUUGCAUUAGGGAGAAAUCUUUUCAGUGUAGCCAGUGUGGUAAAGUAUUAGUGAACCACUCAUCCAUUGCAUUGCACAUGAGAACCCACAUUGGCGAAAAACCUUUUAAGUGUAACCAGUGUGGGAAAGCCUACAGUUCAAACUCUUACCUCACACGACACAAGAGAAUUCACACUGGGGAGAAGCCCUAUGAAUGCCAUGACUGUGGAAAAACCUUCAGAGAUAGUUCACUUCUCAGACAACAUGGAAGAAUUCAUUCACGGGACAAACCCUACAAAUGUGAUCAGUGCAGCAAAACCUUUAGUAGGAGCUCUAGGCUUACCAUGCACAAGAUAAUACAUACCAAAGAGAAGCCCUAUGCCUGCACUGAUUGUGGGAAAACCUUCAGCAUUCUUUCAUACCUCACAAGACAUAAGAGAGUACACACUGGUGAGAAGUCUGUUGAAUGCAGCCACUGUGGAAAAGCCUUAAGUAGUCCAUCAGCUCUGAAGACACACCUGCGGAUACAUACUGGAGAAAAACCUUACAAGUGUGAUCAGUGUGGGAGAACUUUUAGAAUGAGCUGUAAUCUUAAUGUGCACAAAAAAAUGCAUGCUGGAGAGAAACCGUGUACUUGCAUUGACUGUGGGAAAGCCUUCAGGGAUCACUCAUGCCUUAAAGAACAUGUGAGAAUUCAUACUGGAGAGAAGCCCUUUGCAUGUAAUCAGUGUGGGAAAGCCUUCAGAGUGAAAUCUUUCCUCACUUUGCACAAGAAAGUUCACAUGAGAAUGAAACAGUAUGAGUGUAAGGAAUGUGGGAAAGCCUUCAGUGGUUUCUUAUCUCAUAGGAGACAUAUGAGAAUGCACACCAGGGAAAAGAAACCCUUCAAGUGUAGUCAGUGUGAAAAAGCUUUUAGGAGGCAUGUGUCCCUUACAAUACACAUAAGAACUCACACUGGAGAGAAACCCUAUGAGUGUGAUCAGUGUGGGAAAACCUUUAGCGUAAGGUGCAAUCUUACUGUGCACAAGAGAGUCCAUACUGGAGAGAAGCCCUAUAGAUGCAAUGUGUGUGGACAUGCUUUCAGUAAGCUGUCAUCCCUUCGGCGGCACCACGAGAACACUCAUGCUGGAUAAAGCUCUGAGUAAUGUCCAUGUACAGUAGUUUUCAGUGAACUCUCAAUCUUGAAGGCAUAUAAGCACAUACUAACUGCAGAGAACUGGAUGUAAAGAAUGGAAAAACCCCUCUAAAAAUCUGUAGGAGAAAUGUAAGUUAUGCAGUGACUUUGAUAAAUCCUUUAAACAUCUCCUAGAUGACCAAUUGAUACUAAAUGUAAAAACUUUGUAGUGUCUUCAAGACUUGUUGAGAAAAAUAAAUGCCUAA